AAAACAACUCUGUUGAAUUUAAGCUCGAGAUUUUAGUAGGAGUAAGCUCGAUUGCUUCCAAUUAGAUCCAUGGAUGAAGAAGAACUCACACUUUGUCGCGCGUUUUUAGCUCAAGGAGAUUAUUAAAAGAAGUGGUCUUUUUUCGAAUUGUCAACUUAGAAGAAGAAUCAACUUUGGUUUUUUUUUUUUUUGAAGUACUGUUCCUUCUCUGUAUAGCUUUGAGGAAACGCUUCUUCGAUUGGAACUGUGAGUUUGAAGGAUUAAGAUGGUUGGAAGCUCGGAUGGUAAUCAGUCAGAUGAUAGCUCUCAUUUUGAGCGAGGAGUAGAUCAUAUCUAUGAAGCAUUCAUCUGCCCAUUGACAAAGGAGGUUAUGCAUGAUCCUGUCACUUUAGAGAACGGCCGAACAUUCGAGCGUGAAGCCAUUGAAAAAUGGUUCAAGGAGUGUCGGGACAGUGGGAGACCUCCAUCUUGCCCUUUGACUUCUCGUGAGCUGAGCAGCACUGAUGUAAGCCCUAGCAUAGCUCUGCGUAACACUAUCGAAGAGUGGAGAUCCAGGAAUGAUGCUGCCAAGCUUGACAUUGCUCGUCAGUCACUGUUUUUAGGAAAUGCUGAGACCGAUAUUUUGCAAGCUUUGAUGCAUGUGCGACAGAUUUGCAGGACCAUCCGAUCAAAUAGGCAUGGUGUACGCAACUCUCAGCUUAUCCAUAUGAUCAUCGACAUGUUAAAAAGUACUAGCCAUAGAGUGCGGUAUAAAGCUCUACAAACUCUUCAAGUCGUCGUUGAGGGAGAUGACGAGAGCAAGGCGAUAGUAGCUGAAGGGGACACUGUGCGUACACUAGUUAAGUUCUUAUCACACGAGCCAUCAAAGGGGAGGGAGGCAGCUGUUUCCUUGCUGUUUGAGCUCUCUAAAUCGGAAGCUUUGUGCGAGAAGAUUGGUUCCAUUCAUGGAGCACUUAUAUUAUUGAUUGGUCUGACAAGCAGCAACUCAGAAAAUGUUUCAAUUGUUGAGAAAGCUGAUAGAACCUUGGAAAACAUGGAGAGGUCAGAGGAAAUUGUUAGGCAGAUGGCUUCAUAUGGUAGACUCCAGCCUCUUCUAGGAAAACUCCUUGAAGGUUCACCUGAAACAAAACUCUCUAUGGCUUCCUUUCUCGGGGAGCUUCCCUUAAAUAACGAUGUGAAGGUUCUUGUGGCUCAGACUGUGGGUUCUUCUCUUGUCGAUCUUAUGAGAAGUGGUGACAUGCCCCAACGGGAAGCUGCCUUGAGAGCUCUUGACAAAAUCUCAUCGUUCGAAGGGAGUGCUAAGGUCUUGAUCAGCAUAGGAAUUCUCCCCCCGCUUAUCAAAGAUCUGUUUUAUGUGGGGCCAAACAACCUUCCAAUUCGGUUGAAAGAAGUCUCUGCCACUAUUCUUGCUAACAUAGUGAACAUUGGGUAUGACUUUGACAAAGUCACUCUUGUUUCAGAGAACAGAGUGGAGAAUCUGCUCCAUCUAAUUAGUAACACGGGUCCAGCGAUCCAGUGCAAGCUGUUGGAGGUUCUUGUUGGACUCACCAGUUGCCCAAAAACAGUUCCAAAAGUUGUUUAUGCAAUUAAAACCUCCGGUGCAAUCAUCAGUUUGGUUCAGUUUAUAGAGGUCCGAGAGAAUGAUGAUUUGCGUUUGGCUUCCAUAAAGCUUCUUCAUAACCUUUCCCCAUUCAUGAGUGAAGAACUAGCUAAGGCCUUAUGUGGUACUGCUGGACAACUCGGAAGCCUUGUUACAAUCAUUUCAGAAAAGACACCAAUCACUGAAGAACAGGCUGCAGCUGCUGGGCUCUUAGCUGAAUUGCCAGAUAGGGAUUUGGGUCUUACUCAGGAAAUGUUAGAAGUUGGUGCUUUUGAAAAAAUCAUCGCCAAAGUGAAUGGAAUCCGCCAAGGGGAUAUCAAGGGAAUGAGGUUUGUGAGUCCUUUUCUGGAAGGACUUGUGCGUAUACUUGCUAGGAUUACUUUUGUUGUCAACAAAGAGGCUCGGGCCAUUACCUUUUGCCGUGAGUACAAUGUUGCUUCGCUCUUCCUUCAUCUACUUCAAUCCAACGGUCAAGAUAACAUCCAGAUGGUUUCCGCCAUGGCUUUAGAGAAUCUUUCACUAGAGUCUAUAAAGCUGACACGGGUUCCUGAUCCGCCUCCUCUGAACUACUGUGGCUCAAUCUUUUCAUGUAUGAGAAAACCACACGUUGUAAACGGGCUGUGCAAGAUCCACCAGGGAAUAUGUUCAUUAAGAGAAACAUUUUGCCUUGUCGAAGGAGGAGCUGUGGAGAAAUUAGUGGCUCUAUUAGACCAUGAAAAUGUGAAAGUGGUUGAGGCCGCACUUGCCGCUCUUUCUAGCUUACUAGAAGACGGGUUAGAUGUAGAGAAAGGGGUCAAGAUACUUGAUGAAGCGGAUGGGAUACCGCAUAUACUAAACGUUCUGAGGGAGAAUCGAACAGAGAGGCUAACGAGAAGAGCGGUUUGGAUGGUGGAAAGGAUCUUGCGGAUUGAAGACAUAGCAAGAGAGGUGGCAGAGGAACAGACCCUGAGCGCUGCACUUGUGGACGCUUUCCAAAAUGCUGAUUUUAGAACGCGACAGAUCGCUGAGAACGCGUUGAAACACAUUGAUAAGAUCCCAAACUUCUCAGGUAUAUUCCCAAACAUGGCAUAGGGGAAACUCUUUGAAUCUGUCCAGGGAGUUUUAGUGAUUUAAAACUGUUGGUUUUGUUUUUGCUUUGAUGGGAUUACUUGUUAAUAGGCAUCCAGUUUUUUCUGGGUAUAUAUUGUAAAUUCCGAUUCUUAUUUGCGUGUGCUUUAAGCUAUUUGAUUUGUUUGUUUAUAUCCUACGUUGGAAAUCGUAAUCAUUUGAUUGGCCUCAAGAUUAAAAAGGCUUAUGUGUU